AUGUCCGACAAUGCUCAACGUCCGCGUCCGCCGCCAAAUCGACGCAGAGACAAAGUCCAACUUUCCUGCGACCCUUGCAGACACCGAAAGCUGAGGUGCGACCGACAGCACCCAUGCGGAGCUUGCUCAAGGCGUGGCCUCACCAACUCCUGCAAUUAUGCGACGACAUCUUUUUCUACGCCCGAUGCUCAGCGGUCCGUUGCUCCGCGACAGUCCACCAGCCUCCAUGGCAGAAUAUCUGAACUGGAGAGCCUUGUCGUGACGCUCAUGGAAGGCCAAUCACUCCCAACCCCGCCUGCACCGAAAUCGCCGAGAACAAGCUCGCAGUCACCCGCAGAUGUGUUCCCUGAGAUCCGGACACCAAAGAAACCCCAGGAUGAAGCUGCAUCCCCGGCAGACCCUGGCACCCUCAAGUUGCGCGAGUCUGGAACCAGCUAUAUCCAGAGUGCCCAUUGGGAGGCCAUUCUUACUAAAAUCAGAGGACUGAAGGAGGACUUGGUCACUGAUAGCAAAGCUCCGCCCGGUUCACACUUGUUCUAUGGCCCGAACCGUCAUGCAACUCGAGAUGAAAUACUGGUUGCUAUUCCUCCUCGUCCAGUUGUUGACCGCCUCAUGGCCCUUCACUUCGAUUCCUACAUUAUCACUCCGUGUCAAUCUCAUUCAUGGCAAGAAGUUUCUCCGAGAAGUGGGUUCUUUCUAACCUGGCCGAUUACAAGCAGUCUGACAUUUGACCAGUACGAAACCUUCUGGAAAGAUCCGUCUGCAACUUCUAUCGCUUGGAUCGGCCUCAUGUUCUCCAUGUUAUAUAUUGCUGCGCAGUUGCAGACCUUCUCCAUUGACUUCACCGACGGACGGGCCGAAUCGCUCAAGGCAGAAUCUCUUACCAUGAAGGAUGCCUUCCGGGAGAAGGCCGUUCAGUGUCUUAUUCUGGCCAGGUAUACGAUGGGAGGACCAUAUAUCCUGGAAACCCUCAUAAUGGUCCUUACUGGAGAGUUUAUACUCUUGAAAGAUAAUGGUACCGAUGGCUGGCUUUUGAUCAGUAUGAUACUUCAUCUUGCAAUGCGCAUGGGCUAUCACCGGGACCCAGAUCACUUUCCCGGAAUAUCCCCAUUCGAGGGUGAGAUGCGUAGACGCAUCUGGACUACAAUCCUUCAAUUAGACCUCGUUCUCUCCUUGGAGAUGGGCCUUCCUCGAAGUGCCACAGAUACGCACAUCGAUACAAAACAGCCCCGUAAUCUGCGGGACUGUGAUUUUGAAGAGGACACGACUGAGAUGCCUCCGCCGAGGCCAGAAACAGAAUGGACGCCGGUGCUCCCUCUCAUUGCAAGAGCGCGACUGAUAUCAGCUCUCGGCUUGAUUUGCGACAUCAACGCCGAUAUUAAUCCCCCUUCCCACGACGAGGUCAUCAAGGUCGAUGUAAUUCUUAAGGACGUGCACAAUCGUGCUAUUCCGCCCGUGCUGCGCUGGGGAACUACGCCACACCCCAUCACGGAUAGUCCAAUCCUUGUGAUACAGCGGGUAAGUGUAGAAACGACCUACCACAAAUCACGCAUCCUCCUGUACCGGAGAGCUUUGAUCAGCUACCCAGUUCGACAGUCUCAAGAGCGGGACAGGGAGUCGGUGCGAAUUUGUUUAGAUUCCGCACUCAAGAUUCUAUCGUUUCAACAGAUGCUUCACGAAGAGUCUCAGCCAUUUGGUCGUUUGUCUCAGCUUAGAUGGAAGGUCACCAAUAUUUUCAACCAGGAUGUUCUCCUCGCAACGAGCGUGCUCUGUCUCUACCUUCAAGAUGUCGAUAAAUUUGAAUUGCCUGAGACUGCAGGACAGACAACGUGGUCGCCUAGGGCUGAAGAGAUUCGACAACGACUGACGAUCUCGCACAAGAUUUGGCUUCAAAUGAGUACGGCAUGGGCGGAAGCUGGAAAAGUAGCGAAAGCUCUGAGCAUCGUCCUUGGAAACACAGAAGCGUCUGCCGAGGACGGUAGCGGGCCCGCUUUUUACGACUUUCUGACGGAUGUUGAUGCCAUACCUCUGAAUGGAUUUGGCGCAACGUUCAACAAUCAAUGUGAGAAGCACGCUCGGUCAUACCGAUUGCGACUAACAAAAAGACCUAUCAGAUUUUCCUUCUGGCCUCUACUCUCCUCUCACAUUUUUUGA